GUUCCGCCGCAAAAGUCCCUAAAAAUUGGCGCGCGCACAGAGCCCGGGGGCCGGACGAGUUUCCAACUUGCCGGAUAUAUCUAUAAAAAAGAAGAAAGAGGAUGUGACGUCGUCGUUCCGCCACGGAGAGGCCUUCGAGGAUUUGAUUUCGAGCACCAAUCAAAAGCUUCUUCGCUCCACUUCGCUCACAACACUCUCGUGAGCAUCAUUCGUCCUUGUUUAACAUUUGACAAACAGCAAGAAAGAUGAAAUAAAGCGUUGCGAUCGUUAAGUGGAAUCGUUCAUCAGUGUGACGCUAAAAUGAAUAAAAGAGGUUAUAAGAUUUGCAGCGUUCAAAACUGCCAAAAUAAAAGCAUAAAUGCAAAUUAUCGUUUCUUUCGUUUCCCUAAGGAUGGCGAAAGGUCAAGACAGUGGGCAAUUGCGUGUCAUCGCGAGGAUCUCUUGAAAAAAACACCGGAACAUGUAUAUUCCACCUAUAGAGUUUGCAGCGACCACUUCGAGAACCGAAUGUAUUCAAAUGAUUUGAAAAACCGUUUACUUCCUUCGGCUAAACCAACUCUCAAUUUGGGUGAAAACUUAGAAAAUGAUCGGAAUAAUGUGAAUUGUGCAAAUGUAAAAACUAACGCUUCAUCUGGUAUUCGACAAACCACUCAUUUGUUGGAAGAAGGAGAAAGGUCGCAACUUUCUGCAGAGCCUGAUGUACGAGCGGAACACAAUGUCAGCUUGGAACCAAUUAACAUCACCGCCAAAUCUCUUCAGCCUUCAAUCAUCAUUCUUUCAGCAAAUAACAGCAGUAAGGCAGAUCCUAAAAUUGCAGUCACUGCAGAGACCAGUGAUGUUGGGGACCACAGAGGAGUCCAGCUGCUACUGAAGCCUAGUAUUCAUAAAAUUAUUCAAACCUCGAAUGAUUUGUCUACUCAUGCUCCGAAAAAAUUAAAAAAACAAGCAGAAAAUAAAAUACUAAAAAAAGAAUUAAAAAAACAAGCAGAAAAUAGAAUACUAAGAAAAGAAAAUAGAAUAUUGAAAAAAAAGAAUGCUGCUUUGCAUGAAAUAAUAAAAAAAAUAACAGAUGUAACCGAAGAACAAUUUUUAACGGCCUGUGAAAAAUUUCUAUCACCGCAAGUAGCAAUGUUAGUAAGAGAACAAGUAUUAUCUGGCAAGAAACAAGUCCGCGGUCGGAGGUAUUCCCUAGAAUUUAAACGAUUGUGCUUGAAUUGGUAUUUUAAAGGGCCAAGAGCGUACAGAACUUUGGCAUCGAUAUUUUAUUUGCCAGGUAGAGUAACUCUCAAUAGAAUUACAACUAAUAUUUCUAUUACGAGCGGCAUAAAUAAAAACGUGUUCAAUUUACUGGCCGUUAAAUUUGCAACUACGCAAGAGUCUGGAAAAAUUUGCGUGGUACACUUUGAUGAAAUGUCAUUAAAAUGCCAUUUGUAUUAUAAUACAAAGACUGACGAAGUUAUCGGUUUUCAUGAUAGUGGCAAUGAAAAGCAAUUCCAUCCAGCAAAAUUUGCAUACGUCUUUACUGUAAGAGGUAUUUUUGAUGAUUGGAAACAGCCUCUUGCGUACGAACUUUCGAAUGCAGCUUGUUCAACUGAAGUUCUCAAACAAUUACUCGCUCAAUGUAUUUUUCAAUUGCAAAAUAUUGGUUUAAUAGUUGCUGCCGUAGUGUGUGAUAUGAAUCCUAAGAAUAAGCAGCUCGCAAAAGAAUUAAGAAUCACGCCAACUAUCCCAUAUUUUACGGUGAAUGACCGCCAAAUUUUUUUUCUAUUUGAUGUGCCGCAUUUGAUGAAGGGAAUGCAAAAUAUGUUUUUAAAAUAUACUUUCAUGUUUGACCAACUUUUUGUUAAGAUGGAGCACGUAAGACAAUUUUAUGAGUUCGAUAAAAUAAUGAAGUUCAGGUUGGCGCCGAAAUUAACUGACUCUCAUGUAAAUCCAAGUCUGCUCCAAAAAACGGAAACUCGAUUAGCUACUCAACUUUUUAGUCGAUCUGUGGCGGCAGGUAUAUAUACAUAUAUGCAUUUUGGAAAAAUAUCACCCGAGGCAAUUGGAACGGUAACUUUCAUAGACAAAAUGGAUAAACUUUUUGACAUGUUAAAUUCUACCGCGAAAUACACGGAAGAAAAACCGCACGCUCACGUUUUCGAAGGGAAUGAAUUCCAGACUGCCUUUUUAAAGGACUGUUUAGAGUUUUUCGAUUCAUUAAUAAUUAUUAAUCACGAUGGUCAGGAUAUGACAAACAAAAUUAAAUUCAUCUAUGGCUGGAAAGUUACUAUUUCAGGCGUGCUGCAACUGUGGGAAUGCCUCAAAGAAGAAGGACUUAAUUCUGUGCAAACGAGGAGAUUAAAUCGAGAGCCUAUAGAGAACUUUUUUGAAAAAAUUUGUUUAGAAAAAGGAAACUGUUUGAACCCUCCUGCCGUGGCGUUCAUUCGAGCAUUCAAAAAAUUGCUGUUUCACAAUUUCUUUAAUACGGGGAACAAAAACUGCGAGGAUGAUUUUGACAAUAUCUUGUUGGACUUAAACGGACGGAAUCAAGAUGAAAACAAAGAAAUUGAAGAAGAAAGUGAAAGCGGACUUUUUGAGGAAUUUAUGCCGGAUGACGUUGAUUAUCAAAAGCUCGAUUUAGUUGAAAAAAAUUCAAUUCGUUAUAUAUGUGAUUUUUUUAUUCGUAAAUGUUUAAAGAAACAUUCAUGCACAAUUUGCGAAGGAUAUAGUAUCGAUCACGUAGAAUUUGAAGAUUCGACAAUUUUUUGUUUUUUUAAGGCGUACCAAAACAAAAAUUCAAUUCUUGGAAAUUCAGAAUCGUCAUCACAUAAUAAUUUUAUUUUUUACGUGUGCUCAUUGGAAGCGAUUUUCAAUGAGCACUUUCAAAAUAUUGUUUUUGAGAAAAAUGUUAUACAAAAAUUGUUAGCAGAGGCUGAACUAACAACAUUUGAGCAUCCAUGCAGCAAUUUCCCACAUUUAUAUUUAAAAAAAUUAUUUUUUAGAAUGCGGUUAUAUUACACGUUAAAAUUUAUAAAUCAUAACUUUCGAUCAUCCAAUAACCCAAAUAAAAUGAUCAUUUGGAGACACUAAUGAAUACCAGCGUAUACGUAUGCAUGUAUGUAUGUUGUUUAUUUUUUAGGGUACCUAACCAGGAUAUACAAUUUUUUUAGUAAUAUUCA